AUGACUGUGUCAAGCAGCUUCAUGUCCUCUUACACAGAGGCCACAGUCAACAUGCUUCCAUCAAUGUCAAGGACACCUGAGAUUGCAGACACUCUGGUUGACUUGUUGCCCUUGUUGUCCACAGGAGUGAGCCCAGUUCAUAAUGGACAAGUUUGCAGUACAUGGGGCAACUACCACUUCAAGACGUUUGACGGGGACAUGUUCCAACUGCCCUCCACCUGCAACCACGUCCUGACCUCACUGUGUCAUAGCAGUUAUGAGGACUUUAACAUCCAGAUGAGGAGACAGGUGGUGAACGACCUACCCACCAUCAGCAAGAUCACCAUGAAGCUGGACGGCACCACAGUGGAGAUCUCUAAGGACUCCAUCCUGGUCGAUGGCAUGAUGGUGCUCCUGCCUUUCAGCCAAUCAGGCAUCCUCAUUGACAAAACUCCCACCUACAUCAAGGUCAAAGCCAAGCUUGGACUGGUCGCUGUAUGGAACGAGGAUGAUUCCCUCUUGGUGGAGAUGGAUGCUAAAUACAGAAACCAUACCUGUGGCUUGUGUGGGGACUUCAAUGGGGUUCAACUUCAGAAUGAGUUCUAUAGCAAUGGUGUAAAGAUUUCCCCUGAAGACUAUGGAAACUUCUGGAAGAUGGACGGACCAACUGAAAGCUGCACUGAGCCCUCUAUUCCCUCCGUUGAGAGCUGCGGCAACCUGACUGCAGUGUGUGAGCAGCUCCUUUCAGCCCCAGCCUUCAGCAGCUGUCAAGGUCUUCUGGAUGUAGCAUCGUUCACCAAAGCCUGCAUGGCAGACUUGUGCCACUGUAACAACAGUGCCAAAUCGUUCUGCCUGUGCAACACCAUGUCAGAGUUUUCUCGCCAGUGUGUCCAUGCAGGAGGUACACCCACGCAGUGGAGGACCCCUCAAUUCUGUCCAAAGUCAUGUCCCAACAACAUGGUGUACCAGGAAUGUGGCAGCCCCUGUCCUGACUCCUGUUCCAACCCCCAGACCAGCCACAUGUGUGAUAGCCACUGUACCGACGGCUGCUUCUGCCCUCCAGGCACUGUGCUGGAUGACAUUACCAACAGAGGUUGUGUCCCUCUGACUGAGUGCUCCUGCAGAUACAACAACAAAAUCUAUGCCCCUGGACAAACCUACUCCAGCUCCUGCAAAAACUGCAUGUGUUCCGGUGGUCAGUGGAGCUGCCAGCAGAAGGACUGUCCAGGGACGUGCUCUGUGGAGGGAGGGUCUCACAUCAGCACCUUCGAUGGGAAACUCUACACCUUCCAUGGAGCCUGCUCUUACGUGCUGGCUAAGGACUCUGACGGGCAGCAGUUUGUUGUCCUUGGAGAUCUGGAACAAAAUGGUCUUUCUGAAAGUGAAACAUCCUUGAAGACUGUCACCCUGGCUCUCUCUGGAGGAUCAACUGUGAUCAUCAUACAACCAAGUGGUAAAGUCUUUGUCAACGGAUUCUACUCUCAACUUCCCUUCUCUGCUGCUGGUGCCACCGUGCUCAGGGCCUCAACCUCCUUCCUGGUGGUGCAGACCUCUGUAGGUCUGCUGCUAGAGGUACAGUUGCAGCCCAUAAUGCAGGUCUACAUCACUGCAGCCCCGAGCUUGCACAACGAGACCUCAGGUCUCUGUGGAAACUUCAACAACAACCAAGCAGAUGACUUCCUAACUGCAAGCGGGUUGAGAGAGGGCACUGCUGUAGGCUUUGCCAACACCUGGAAGACCCGCGCGAGUUGCCCGGAUAUCAAGAGCAGUUUUGAAUCUCCCUGCAGCCUCAGCUUUGAAAACGAAAAAUAUGCCCAGCAUUGGUGCUCCAUGCUAUCGGACCCUGAGGGUGUGUUUGCUGCCUGUCACUCAGAGAUCAGCCCAGACUCCUACAAAUCUAACUGCAUGUAUGACAGCUGUAACUGUGAGAAGAGUGAGGACUGCAUGUGUGCUGCUGUCUCUUCAUAUGUCCACGCCUGUGCUGCUGCAGGGAUCAUGCUCAACAACUGGGGAAACACCAUCUGCACCAAGUACACCAGCUCCUGCCCCAGUACUAUGGUCUAUGACUACAGCAUCACUAGUAGCAGCCGAACCUGCCACUGCUAUAGCAACUCUGACCCCACCUGCUCCAUCACCUUCACGUCUGUGGCCGGGUGUGUCUGUGCUGAGGGAACCUACCUGGAUGAUACUGGCAAGUGCGUGGCCCCAUCCAGCUGCCCCUGCUACUACAAGGGCUCAGUGGUGCCACCCAGCCAGGUCAUCAGCAAGGAUGGAGCCAUGUGCACCUGCAAAGAGGGAAAACUCAACUGUAUUGGAGAGCCUGACAAUGUUCCAUCAUGCCAAGCACCCAUGGUUUAUUUCAACUGCUCGAGCGUGGCCCCCGGUAUGAAAGGCUCAGAGUGCCAAAAGAGCUGCAACACCCAAGACAUGGCCUGUGUGAGUGCAGAGUGCAUCUCUGGCUGUGUGUGUCCCUCUGGUCUGCUGUCUGAUGGGAAAGGGGGCUGCAUCAAGCCUGAUCUUUGCCCUUGUUUCCACAACGGAGUUCCCUACCAAUCAGGAAACAGCAUCACAGUGGACUGCAAUACCUGCACAUGUAAAGACAGGAAAUGGGAGUGUACCGACAACUUGUGCCAUGGCACAUGCUCUGUCUAUGGAGACGGACACUACAUCACCUUUGAUGGGAGACGAUACACUUUUGAUGGGAGCUGUGAAUACACCCUUGCCGAGGACUAUUGUAGCAGCAAGCAGAACCAGAGCAGCUUCAGAGUCAUCACUGAGAACGUGCCCUGUGGCACCACAGGCACCACUUGCUCCAAGGCCAUAAAGCUGUUCCUUGGGGACACCGAACUGAUUUUGACAGAGGGCAACUAUCAGGUGGUCCAGAGAGGACCUGGGGAGGUUGUGCCCUACCAGAUCUACACCAUGGGGAUCUACCUGGUUAUAGAGGCCAACAAUGGCCUCAUCCUCAUGUGGGACAAGAAGACCAGCAUGUUCAUCAAGCUCAGUCCACAGUUCAAGGGAAAAGUAUGUGGUCUAUGUGGUAACUAUGAUGGAAACGCCAAGAAUGACUUCACCACCAGAAGCCAGGCUGGUGUUGUCAAUGCUCUGGAUUUUGGCAACAGCUGGAGAGUGUCUGCAAGUUGCCCUGAGGCCAAGGUCCAGCGGAGUCCCUGUACGGCCAACCCCUACAGGCAGUCCUGGUCCCAGAAACAGUGCAGCAUCAUUCAGAGUGAAGUGUUCUCCGCCUGCCAUUCUAAUGUUGACCCCGCACCUUUCUACGAUGCCUGUGUACGAGACUCGUGUGCUUGUGACAGCGGAGGAGACUGUGAAUGUUUCUGUACCGCUGUGGCUGCUUAUGCUGAGGCCUGCAACGAAGCUGGAGCGUGUGUGUCCUGGAGAACCCCACAGAUAUGCCCUCUGUUCUGUGAUUACUACAACCCCCCUGGUGAAUGUGAGUGGCACUAUAAGCCAUGUGGAUUCCCCUGUAUGAAGACCUGCAGGAACCCCUCUGGGACAUGCUCUACUCAGAUUCCUCCUCUAGAAGGUUGCUACCCCAAAUGUCCGCCAACUCUACCUUACUUUGAUGAAGACACCAUGAAGUGCGUGGAGCAGAAAGACUGUGGCUGCUUUAAGGGUGGGAAACACUACAACAGUGGAGACAAAGUCCCAACAACAGAUAACUGCUUUACAUGUAAAUUUGAAAUGCUGCAAGACAGUGGAAUGUCCAACUACAUCUCCCCCUACAACACCAUCAACAACAACAUCAACCACAACUCCAUCCACAACCAAUCUGACAACUACAACACCUCCUACAACUACAACUCCUCCAAUGACUACAUUUCCCCCUACAACUACGACACCCACAACAACAUCAACUACAACUCCAUCCACAACCACUCCAACAACCCCAGUUCCAACAACACCAUGCUCUGGACAGGGCAGUUGCACCACGACAACUGCAACAACUACAACUCCCGCUACAACUCCCCCUACAACAACAACUACAACUCCCCCUACAACUACAAUUCCAAAUACAACUACAACACCCCCUACAACUACAACAACAACUCCCCCUACAAGUACAAGUGCUACACCCACAACAACAACAACAACAUCAUCUACAACCCAAUCCACUCCAACAACCCCAGUUUCAACAACACCAUGCUCUGGACAGGGCAGUUGCACCACGACAACUGCAACAACUACAACUCCCGCUACAACUCCCCCUACAACAACAACUACAACUCCCCCUACAACUACAAUUCCAAAUACAACUACAACACCCCCUACAACUACAACAACAACUCCCCCUACAAGUACAAGUGCUACACCCACAACAACAACAACAACAUCAUCUACAACUCAAUCCACUCCAACAACCCCAGUUUCAACAACACCAUGCUCUGUUACCACCACAACCAAGCCUACAACACCAACUCCCACUACAACUACAACACCAACUCCCACUACAACUACAACACCCCCUACAAGUACAAGUGCUACACCCACAACAACAUCAUCUACAACUCAAUCCACUCCAACAACCCCAGUUUCAACAACACCAUGCUCUGGUCCGACCACUUGUCAUUGUACAAGUACUACACCCACAACAACAACAACAUCAUCUACAACUCAAUCCACAACAUCAACCACCAGAGUUAUCACUCAAAUUCCUCCUACAACUACUCCUGUGCUGUGAUCUACAAUGUUUCUGACCACGAUGGAUGGUGCUACGUAGGUUACUGCAACAAUUUCUGUCAAAUUGCAAUCAACUCUAGCCUAUGUCAAUCAACACCAGCUCCUACCACAACAGCAACCAAAGCUACCAUUUCACCACCAUUUGAAAAGCCCUGUACACAGUUUAACCCACCAAGACAGAAUGGGCAAAGUUGGAAACAUGACGCAUGUUCCAACGCAACAUGCAACCAAGGAAACGUGACUAUCCACCAUGUUCCUUGUGAAGUUCCCAAGCCCAUAGUUUGCCAAAACAACUAUCCCCCCAUAAGAGUUUAUGAUGAGUCUGGGUGCUGCUAUCAGUACCAGUGUCAAUGCAUCUGUUCUGGUUGGGGAGAUCCCCACUAUAUAACAUUUGAUGGCACAUACUAUGGCUUCCAAGGAGACUGUUCCUAUGUUUUGGUCAAAGAAAUCCUACCCAAAUACAACUUCAGUGUAACCAUCGAUAACUACUUCUGCAACUCUCCAGAUGGCCUGUCCUGCCCUCAGUCCAUUACCGUUUACUAUCACUCCUAUCAGAUCUACAUGACGCAAAAAGACAUUAAUGGAGUUGUCACCAACCUGAUUUAUGUCAACAACAAGCGCAUCAUACCAGCCUUUGAGAAUGCAGAUUUCCGUAUCACAGACAACGGCAUUGAAUCAACGGUUAUCAUCCCAGAGAUCGAUGCCAAAGUGACCUUCACUGGGCUCAUGUUUGCCAUCUACUUACCAUAUGCCAAGUUCCACGGAAACACAGAGGGACAGUGUGGUACCUGUGACAACAACCGCACAGAUGACUGUAUGCUGCCCACUGGGCAGGUCAUCUCUUCUUGUCCAGACAUGGCCAACUCAUGGCAUGUUCCUGACCACAACAACAGCCACUGCUCUGCUCCACCGACUCAACCUCCCACCAUUGUGCCCCCUCCACCAUGCAAUGCGGCCAUCUGCGAGAUCAUCAAGACCGACGUGUUUGCAUCCUGUCACAAGACCAUCCCUUAUGAGGCCUACUACGAGGCCUGCAACUUUGACGUCUGUCACAUGGUCAACAUCUCCAUUGGCUGCAGCAGCUUGCAGGUGUAUGCAGAUGCCUGUGCACAGGCAGGAGUGUGCUUCGAAUGGAGGGAUGCCACUGACGGGUUAUGUGACUUCAAUUGCAAUGCACCGUUGGUGUACGAGGCCUGUGGCCCUGCAGUGGAGUCGACGUGUAACCUCAGGUACAAUCUGAAUUUCAUCGAGACCAAAGACGAAUACACCUCCUUGACAACUAUGAAGAUUGAGGGCUGCUACUGCCCCAGUGGCACCACACUGUUGAGCCCAGGCAGCAACAUCUGCAUCCCCAACUGUGAUGUAUGCAUUUUGAGAAACGGAAUAUGGAAAGAGGUCAACGAGAGAUGGGUAGAGAACUGUUAUGAGUGUGUAUGUGAGGAGGCCAAACUGCCACAACCGUCUUGCCACCACAUAGGGUGCCCCACACAGGCCCCACUGUCCUGCAACCAGACGGGUCAAGUCAUAGUUACAGAGAAGGAUGGCUGUUGUCAAAAGUGCGUGUGUGAUGUCACACAGUGCUCUUCAUCCAGACUCACAUGCCCCCCUGGCUACAAGACAGAAGUGCCCAUGGGAGUUUGCUGCCCCAACUGCGGUGAGCUAGCUGUAGAUGUGUGA